AUGGUAGUUGGCGAUAAUUCGUCGACCGAUCUUGAAGUUCACGGCUCUGCGGGGUCUGCGUGGUUCCAACAGUCGCAGGAAAAUCCGCUCACAGUGCCCCUGGACAAGAACGACGAAGAUACUUACCUUCUAUGCCUCGAGUCGGACUCGACCGAUGAAAUGCCCAUCAUGUUGGCAUAUCUCAAUGAUGGCACAGUCCAGGCAUGGUAUAUCACCCAUCCCGACUCUAAGCCAUACAAUGGACUGAUUCAACCUCCUCAACCCGCGGCGCCGAGUCCCUUCUCACAAACAACAUCUGUCUUGGGGCAGUCAUCUUUCGGGCAAAGUUCCGCUCAUGCCUCGCCAUUUGGACAGAAUUCCGCACCGGUUUUCCCCAGCAAUCCGUCGCCUUUCGGAGGAAGCUCCUCCUCAAGCACCGUUGCUUCGCAACCUGUAGCGCCACCCAUGUCCGCCACCCCCUCAAUUUCGAUGGGAGAUAAUACGGGCCCUUCUUUUGGUGGUUUGUCCCUGGGCGCAUCGAGCUCAGACAGCAAACCAAAAUCCACCACGGGAGGUUUAUUCGGAGGUUUUAAUUCUUCGCCCAGUCCCCUUCCACUGCUCUCAAAUCAUCCAGCCAACCAACCAGCAAAUCCAGCCCCUUCAAAAUUCUCAGAUCCGAGUUUGGUCAAGCCUGCCGCCGGGUUUGGUGCAUUCGGUGGCGCAUCCACCGGUGCCUUCAGCAAUCCACAACUUCCGUCCUCGAAUGCAUGCACUGGGGGUGCUUUUGGCGGGAAUACGACCACAAAAGAUUCAAUGCCAGCAUCAUCCUCAUUUGGCAAAUCUGGCUUUGGACAACCUGCUUUUGGACAACCUGCUUUUGGACAACCCGCCUUUGGGCAACCCGCCUUUGGACAGCCCGCCUUCGAACAAACGAGUUUUGGCUCUAAACCGGCCUCAACUCUUGGGGCACCUGCCUCUGGUGGGUUUGGUGCUUUUGCUGUGACGGGCACAUCUGGUUUCACGUCUACUCCGACACCAUCUUCGCCGUCUCCAAAUGUCGCGCCAUUCCCCUCUCCAGCCCAAUCUGGCUUUGGUGCUCCUGCGUCAGUAAACAGUGCCUUUGGCGCCAACCACAAGCGUAUUUGUCCCACUUGUCUCCCUCUCCAGCUCAAUUUGCCUUUGGUGGGACGCCAACCACAAGUGUGUUUGGUAAAGCCUCCACCCCUUCGACCCUAG